GAACAUACAAACGAGAUUUGGCACUAUAGUGAAAUUCUUUUAUCAAUGGUUGAAACUAUGGUGGACUAGAACUUAACCUUAUAAUGGGAAAUUUGAGAACUUGUACAAUUUAAAAAGUAUAGUAAAAUAAUUUUAAUAUUCUUUUAAGUUAUUUUAUUGUAAAUAAAAUAAGUAUUAUAUUACAUUUUGCUAAUAAAAAAUUUUUAAUAAAAUUAAUAGAAUCACAAAAUGCAAUUUAAUACAACAGUGUAUACAAUAGUAACCAGAUUUACUCCUCGAUUUUUAUGGCGAUUAAAUGCAUCAUUAACUAUAAAUGCAACUGCAGUAGCCACUGAAUCUAAAAUUGCUGUAAAGGUUGAAGAUCAGAUAAAAAACAUAGCAGCAAAUACUAUAAUAAAUGAUAAACAGCAUACAAUAUUCAAUGAAUUAAAAACAAAGUUGUGUAAUGAUUUGAAGUUACAACCAGUGAUUAAUACCAAAAUUAAAGAAACACAAAAUUUACAUGAAAUAUUAGAAAUUAUGAAAACAUCUUACAUGUCCGAAAAUGAUAUUGUGAAAGCCCUUAAAACCAUUACAACUUGGGUAAAUGCAAAUAAUAAAAGUAAUUUAAGUAUCAAAAGCAAUGAAAUUUCUGCACAAAGUCAAAUAACGUUAACAGAAGUUGACAAAAUAAAAUCUGAAGAUCCUAAAGAUGAUGAUACUAAUAAAUAUCGUGAUCUCUCAACGUCUGCAAUGAUUGUGGAAGUAUAUAAAUUAGCACAAGUGGGCAAGAGAAAUGUAAAACUUUUAAAUUAUUUCUUUCAAAAUAUUAUUGAAUAUCAUGAGAAAUUAUCUGUAGGAGCAAGUUCAAAUUUGUUAUACAGUAUGAGCACUUUAUGUUACUCUGAUGAGAGAUUACUUAAAAAAAUUUGUAUAGAUCUUUUUAAAAAUGGAAAUGAUGUAAAGGCAGCAAGAGUAGUAUCUAUAGUAAAAUCUUUGGCAUUUGUCAGAUAUAAAAACAAUAUAUUUUUAAAUCAAAUAUGUGAUGAAAUUAUUAAUUUCAAAAAUAAAUAUAGUAUUGAACAAAUUGCAAGUAUUUUACAGUCAUUUGCAUCAUUAGGUUAUAGUUCUGAAUCUGUAAAUAAAAUUAUACAGAAAUAUAUUCCAUAUCAUACAUUGGAUAAGUUUAACUCGCAGACCAGAUUAAAUCUUAUAUGGUCCUUUGCCAUAUUUAAAAUAAUGGAAAACAUACAUGCUGAAUAUGUAUUAAAUGAAAAUUUUGUGUCAAAAAUAAAUCUUUUGGAUGAAAGCAAAAAAUUAUCCUAUAAGUUAAAAUUAUUGAAUAUCAAUGGAUAUGUACAAUAUGCACUCGCAGAUUAUUCUGGACCUUUACUUAAUAAUGAAACAAUAUCCAAUGAUGUACCCAAACGUUCCAAACAAAAGAUGGCAUACAUUAAUGCACUUGAAGUUACACUAAAAAACAUGUUGCCAUCUACAUCUUGUUUCAACAUGAAUGUAAAUACCAACAUGGGAUUUCUCUUAGAUGCUGAAAUACGUAUGGAUAACAAAUUUAAUUUUGUUAAUGUAAACAGUGAAAACAGUGGUAAAAAUGAAGAUUUUAUUAAGAUAGGUAUAAUAGUAGUUGAUUAUUAUGACAUGUGCCUAGGAAAUUCAGACUAUCAAGGAAUAAUUAAAUUGUAUAGUCAUUUGCUAAAAUGUAAAAAUUAUAAGGUAUUGAUCAUACCUUACCAACAAUUUGGUUUAGAAGAUAAAAUUGAGAGACGCAUAAGCUAUAUAAAAAGUCGAUUAUGGAAUUUAGUGAAGAAAUAAAUACGAUUUCAUAUAAUGUAAUGUUUGGUAAAUAAAAAAAUUAUACGAUGUAA